UAAAAAUUGCAAAACAUGUAAAUUAAAAACUAUUAAACUAGUUCCAAAGUAUAAUUAGACAAUAAGCAAAUUGAUUAAAGUAAAAACAUUGUUAAACGAGCUCAAAAAAGACGAAAAAAAAACUGAAAAUUUUCACAACAAAUUCAAAACUAUUGCGAAUGACAACAAAUUUUCCAAAAUGUCUGUAAAGCAGCUCAAUCUUUGCAUUAUUAGCAUAAUAAAGUCAACCAAGAAGUAAGGAAAAAGUUUGUCAAGUAAUAUCCUUGUAACAUCCAUUCUACAAAUUUCAACUUGCACAUUAUUAUCAGAAUGACACUAUAACCUCAAUUUUAAAAUUUAGCACAAGGAGUGAUGUGUUUUUAUCAUCAAUUUCUUCUCAGCUAUGGAGAGAAACUAGAACAGAUACGAAUCUCAAGGAGAAAUUACGUUCGCAUGUUCAUUAAAUGAAGACUAUCUCUAAAUUUAGAGCUGUAAUCAACAGAUAUGAUGCAAAACAAUAUUUUCUGGGUUAAGUCCUUGUGGAAUUUUCACCGGAUGAUAUAUUGAGGUUAUAAGAUAUGAAUGGGAUAUUAUUAUCGAGAACCAGAAAUUUUGAGACAGCAAACAUUUCCGUAUAGCUUCAAUCUAAAUUCCAAUUUUACGAGACAAAAAACUAUAUUUCCGUAUUGUCACAGCACACAAAAAAGUAGUUUGCACCUUCAAACAUGCUGUAUCGUCGUUGACGUCGUCGAUGCAGGAACAAAAAAGUUUUUUAUAUGCUGCAAUUCUCACACGCCCAAAAAAAAAAGCCACAUAUAUUUAAUUUCUGUAUAUUUGUGCACAAAUACAAUAAAUGAUGAGUUAGAAUGACAUUUCGUCUUAAUUCUACAUGAUGUUGUCUGACGAGCAUAAAAGCUCAUUAACUUUGUGUCAUUGUCGUCCACUAAUGCUGUUGAUGCACACCGAAAACAGAAAGAAUCUCAUCAGUGUCAACGGCAUCUACUUAAUAUCCACGGAAAUAUCUCGACAGCAUAGCACACGAGUUGAGAAAAUGCUUAUAGACACAAGAUACAAAUUAAAGAAAAGAAAAACAAAAUUUAUUUAUUUUUAUGUGUGAUCAUCUCUCUUUUUUUUCGGCUAGACGAAUAA